AUCUGAGUUAUCAAACAACAUUAUCCCACUAAUGGUAAUUUUUAACGAAUUAGUAUGUCACUUUAUCCCAUUGUUCCGCUUUAGAACUCCCAACUGCUGACUUUUCAGCUCACAGUACUUUCUUGAUUCGAUCAUUUCUCCGGUGUCUUCUUCUCCUUCAGUUUUUGGGAUGGGUAAAAGUCACAGCUUUGCCACAGUCUUUCUCUUAUUUGUGCUGUUUAGUUCAGCUUUUGCUGCUCGUGAUGAUGGGUUGCUGAGAAUUGGGUUAAAAAAGAGGAAAUUGAAUCCGAUUGAUCGGGUUUCGGAUGGGCUUGAGUCGAAGCAGGGGGGUUUAGUGAAGGAUCGUUACAAAAUCCGUGGCGUUAGGGGAGAUUCGGGCGCGGAUAUCAUUGGUUUGAAGAACUAUUUGGAUGCUCAGUAUUUUGGUGAGAUUGGCAUUGGGACCCCUUCACAAAAGUUCACUGUGAUUUUCGACACUGGGAGUUCUAAUCUUUGGGUGCCAUCGUCAAAAUGCUACUUUUCUGUUGCUUGCCUUUUCCACUCGAAAUACAAGUCGAGCCAUUCAAGCACCUACAAGAAGAAUGGUAAAUCUGCUGCGAUUCAAUAUGGAACUGGAUCUAUCUCCGGGUUUUUCAGUGAAGAUCAUGUUCAGAUUGGUGACCUUACUGUAAAAGAUCAGGAAUUUAUUGAAGCUACCAAAGAACCUGGCAUCACAUUCUUGGCUGCUAAGUUUGAUGGCAUUCUCGGACUUGGAUUCCAGGAAAUUUCUGUCGGCAAUGCUGUUCCUGUCUGGUACAACAUGGUGAAUCAAGGUCUCGUGAAGGACCCGGUUUUCUCAUUUUGGUUUAAUCGUGGUGGUAACGAAGAAGAUGGUGGUGAGCUCGUUUUUGGUGGCGUCAAUCCAAACCAUUUCAAGGGCGAGCACACCUAUGUUCCCGUCACUCAGAAGGGUUAUUGGCAGUUCGACAUGGGUGACGUUCUCAUUGGUGGGGAAUCAACAGGAUUUUGCGCUGGCGGAUGCUCGGCCAUCGCAGAUUCUGGAACUUCAUUGCUGACUGGACCGACUACUGUGAUCACUCUCAUUAAUCAUGAAAUCGGAGCUGCUGGGGUUGUAAGCCAGGAAUGCAAGUCUGUCGUUUCUGUUUAUGGACAAACCAUAUUGGAAAUGUUGUUGUCUGAGGAUGAACCUAAGAAGAUCUGCUCCCAGGUUGGUCUGUGCUCCUUCGAUGGCACUCGAGAUGUUAGUAUGCUUAUCGAGAGUGUGGUGGACAAGGAAAGUGACAGCAAGUCACAAGGCCUCAGUGACGAAAUGUGCUCGGUUUGCGAAAUGGCAGUUGUGUGGAUGCAAAACCAACUCAAACGGAACCAAACACAAGAAAUGAUUCUUGACUAUAUUAAUCAGCUCUGUGAUCGGCUUCCCAGCCCGAUGGGUGAAUCAUCUGUCGACUGCAAUACUCUUUCUUCGAUGCCCAAUGUUUCCUUUACCAUUGGUGGCAAAAAAUUUGCUCUCACCCCCGAACAGUACAUCCUGAAAGUCGGUGAGGGCGACGUAGCUCAGUGCAUCAGUGGAUUCACAGCCUUAGACGUGGCCCCACCCCGCGGCCCUCUGUGGAUUCUGGGAGAUGUUUUCAUGGCGCAGUAUCACACCGUUUUCGACUAUGGGAAUAUGAAGGUUGGUUUCGCUGAAGCUGCUUAAAAUGCAUUCCUGUUUCUGAAAUCUAAUUUAAACUUUCAUGAAUAUUUGAAGUGACAAAUAUAUGUAUACUUGCUCGAGUUUAUUCAGCUCAUGUAAUUCUGUAAAUCGAAUAAUUUAAACUGUGUGUAAGGAUAUAGUACUACAUAAAAUAUACAGUUCCUGCCAAGAAUUAUUCCUUUUCUUCCUAAA